GUGGUGAUUUGAGUGACGCUUACAGGUUGCAUAGCACCAAGCUGACAUUUUGGCAUAUUUUUUUGACAUUAUUGAAGUUUUAUACGUACGAAAUUUUGACUGCCACACGGUAACCUAAGGAGUAUCGAUAUGAUAGCCUACGCUCAAGCUUUCUAAGUUUUCUUUAUAAACAAAUAGUACCCUCCAUUCCGGGAUAAUAAUAAUAAUAGUAAUAACGUGUCGUUAUAUUUUAGUUGAAAGAACAACAAAGAAAAAAACUCAUUUGAUGAGGGAGUCGGCAUUCAACAUAGUUGCUCUUCCAUGGUAGUAUCAUCUACACCUCUGUCUACAUUUCACACUUUUGAGAUUAAACAUCCUCAAAAAUAGGUUUGUACCCAUGCAAAAGAUACUACAGCACGUCCCUUUAGGAAUAUGUGAAAUAUGUACGAGUAUAGGAAGAAAAACGGAUACAGUAGCAAAAAAUACAAAAGUCAUAUUCUCCUUUUUAAAAGGUUAUAUAGUUUUUCCAACCAAAUGUCACUGAAUCUAUUAAGUUUUCGGGUGUGCCUUGGUGAUGGUUGUAUUCCUCUAUUUGUUAAUUUAGUUUAAUGGCUCAGUACCCUGACAGAUUUAUUCCAAAAAGAUCGGCAAUGGACAUAGAUUAUUCAUGCUACUUGCUCAAUCAAAAAGGACCAAAACCUAUUAUAGUAGAAUCUACAGAUUCAGAGGUGGUCAAUUCAGCUAAACGGUCGCAGAAUCAGAACAAUUAUAUAAGCGUACUGAAAAAGGCGAUCUUUGGAAAUAACAGACAAAAAUGGGUGUUGCAAUUCUCAUCUCGUCCAUUACGAAAGAGAGAUUCACCGGAGAGCUUCAGAUGCCUCUCUGAUGUCUGGCCAGUGAAGCCUAGAAGUAAGCCAUUGUUGAAGAAUCCGUCGAUCAUAUUGGACUUGCCAGACAUCCAAGACCACCUAGAUUGCUCAAGCCCUCUGGAUUGGGCUGCAACUGGAUAUAUAGCAACCGUAUACGAAAACGAAGUACAUUUUUGGCACCCAGAAGGAAGAAGAAUGGAAGCAACAUAUACUUCAAUGAGAGUUGGGAAGUGCUUAAAAUGGAAUCGUCAGGGGAAUUUACUGGCUUUUGCCUUAGAGUAUCCUCAUUGUAAAUACGCCACAUGGAGCAUUCAGCUUCAAAAGGUCAAAACAGUCUUCUUUUGUUCAUAUGCGUUUUGUGAGAUAACUGCUAUCGAGUGGACCAAGUCGAAUGAAAUAAUUACAGGUUGUUCACAAGGCUGUCUUCGCACUGGAAAAAUUAGUACUGGCCAUAUGAUGUAUCCACAUGUACAAUUGGAUGGAACCAUAUCAUGUGUCAAGUUAUCCAGCAAUGAGAACUUCUGCGCGGUAGUAGUGAAAAACAACUUCCUUAUCAGAUUGCUUAGAUAUCCUCAGUGGACUGCUCACUAUGAUAUCAAUUGUCAGGAGAUCGGCAAGGUACUCUUACAUCGACAGUAGUGUCAAAACCUAUAUUCCCUAUAGCUUGGCGGGUCAUAUCACAGAUCAGGUUCAGCAUUUUUCUCAGAAGAGUCUCCACGGAUACAUGAAGCUUUGUGAAAUUUCAGAGUCCUGGGUCGAACGGUUCAUUCUAGAAACGCGCUGAAAUGUUGAAGGUUCGGUGCAUUUUAUCGUUUUUGCAAUUUUUGCAUGUUAUCUCUACCCCUGUCCUUAGAAAGCAUUAGGGGCCAUAGUAUACCACUUUUCCGAGGUGAAGGUAUCUACUAGCCACAACCAGACCACUCUGUACGUCAUGCGUAGGAUGUCUAUCCGAAAGACCUCGAGAGAAAGACCUACUAGUAAAGAUAUAGACACAAAAAAAUCAAUAUACAAAUUAGACCGUGACUGCGGUAAAUGCUACGUUGGUGGAACAUCAACACCUAUUAAAUGUAGAAUCAAAGAAACAUCAAAAUCAGCACUAAGCGAGCAUGUAAGUGAAACAGGAAAAGUUGAAAAAUGGGAGAAAGUAUCAAUAUUACACAAAAAGGAUGACAUUUGCAGAAGGGAGGUGAAGAAAUGAGCCUAUAUAAAAUUAAGUAACAAUUGCCUUCAUGUUUUUUUAUGGACUGUAGUCCAAUUUAGUUGAGUAUCC